AUGUCCACCUCUCAACUCUCCCCUACGCUUACUGCGACCUCAUCCACCUCUCGCGCCAAGACGGAUAUCGACGGCCUAACCGAUCUUGACAUUGCGAUGGACGGGAUGGACGGCGUGAGCAUACCUAAUAUCGACGACCUGUUCAACUUUGACGCGUAUGACUCGAACAACGAUGCCCACUCUCAAGCCACCGAAUCCCCCAAUCGCACUCCAUCACCUCAUCCCGCCGCUCACAGCCCCCUCGCCGUCCCUUACUCCCCUACCUUUGACUUCAACAACUCUAGCGUCGACUUCUCGUCAUUCGAUUUUAUGAAUGAGAAGGACGACUCGUACAAUGCUGUCGCAGGCCCAUCCUCCUUCCCCAACACCUUCACUCCCAUCGUCCAACCUCUACCUGUCCCGCAACCCGCCUUUGUCGUCAAGGAGGAACCGGUCGACCACUGGGCGGAUCAACCCAUGACGGGCGGUAUCUCGGUCCAAGCAACAGCUGUACCAGUCCUGGAUGCCUCGUCGGCGGUACCGGCGGUACCGGAUUUCAGCGCCCUGCCACUGGAUCAGCAGGCCGCACUCCAGCAAUUCCUCUUCAAUAUCAUCGCGUUCCAGGCGAAACAACCGGUAUACAAUGGAGGGAUGGGCGGGAUGGGGAUGGUCCCGCAGUCAGUGGCGAUAGUCACUCCUACAACGGUGGAGCCCAGUAUGCUCUUCUCGCACGGUGCCCCGGACCCGGCCGGUAUGCAGCAAGGCUUUAACCCCACACAGCCCGUCGCCGGUCCAAGCACCGCUUCGACUACAGGCAACACACCCGGCCUUACUGUCGGCGGCAGCUCGUCCUCGGCGACCGCACCCAGCGUUGCCGCUCGUCGCGUCUCGGCAGCUCAAGCCGAAGAGGGGGAGGACGAAGAGGACCUCAUCUCUAUUGAGCCGCACGAACAGCGCUCUGCUCGCGCCGAGUCGUCCUUCUCCUAUGGCGCCGACGAGGUCGACCCCAUCUCGCGCCUGGACCGCCUCGCACCCCUGUCCAGCAUCUUCUCGGCCGGGAAGGGUAAAGGCGGAAAGAAGGGAGGCGGACUUUCCAGCGUCGUCAGGCAGGAAGACGAGGAUAUCGACGAUGACGACUCGUGGCGGCCCAGUCCGGAAGAGUACAAGAAGUUGUCGAGCAAGGAGAAGCGGCAAUUGCGGAACAAGCUGUCUGCUCGGGCCUUCCGAAACAGGCGGAAAGACUAUAUCGGGACGCUGGAGGGGCAUAUCAGGGAGAGAGAUGGGGUGAUUGAUGAUAUGCGGGCGGAGCUGGUGACUUCUCGUUCGGAGAACCACGAUUUGAGGAAAGAGCUUGCUGCGCUCAAAGCGAGCACAAUGGGUAUCCUCCACCCCGCCUCGGCCGGGACCGCCGAGACACCGGCACCGGCCAUCCUUCAAUCCUUCUCCCUUUCCCCCAACAUCACCCUUCCCGCUACCGCUGGACCCAGCCAGCCAAAGAAGUCGGCUCCCACACCGGUGUUCAACCCCCGCAAAGACAUCGGUAUCGACAGCAAGACACGUUGGGGUAACGAGAACCUCUUCGGCGGCGGGUCCACCAUCUGUCACACUCUCCUCAUGCCCGACGUGGCUGCGGGUACUGCCGAGUCCACCCCGUCACAGGCGUCUGCGUCACCCUUCAACCUGCCGCGAGCGAAUAUCAACCCUCGUAUCGCCUCAUCGGUCGCUCCGCCCGUACAGGUCAACCUCCAAGCUACGGCGGAUGGGACGGACCUCUCGAAUGCGUCAUUCGCAGACUGGUCCGAGUCCAACGCGUUCUCCAUGCGCUCGAUGGACAGCUACCGCAUGCAAAUGUGGGGCCGUCUCGCCCGCGAGGCAGCGUCGGACAAAGCGGGUCUCGCCGGUGCUGUCCGCCCCAAGUUCCUCCUCGAGCCUACCACUCCCUCCCCCGAGGCGGUCUCACCGGCCGAUAUCCCCCUCCCCAAAUCCACCGCCGCCCAUCUCGCCGCCGUCUCCGCCGCGCACAUCACCUCCAAGCUCGCCGCGUCCUUCUGGGCCGCAUUCCAGUCACCCACAUCUACGGUCGACACCGACAAGCUCACGGCGGUCGUCACUGGCAAAGCGCGUCUGCGGAUCGUGGUCAAUGAGGAGAGCGAAAAGAAGCAGCAGCAAGCGCAGGAUGAGAUGAUUGCUGCGCUUGGGGGACUCAAGUUGCAGGCUGGCAAAGAGGCGGGGUGGCGGGAGGUGCCGUCUGCGGUAGGGGCGAGGGAGGACCCAUUGAGAGCGCUAGGGGGGAUGUUAGGUGUGUGCAGAGGUAUGGGCAUGGGGAUUCCGACCAGGGUCUGA